AUGUCUUUCUCUGUUGGUGUAGCAAGUAGGUUUAUGGAAAAACCUACAGUCAAGCAUUUCAAUGCUGUCAAACAGAUAAUGAGAUACUUGAAGGGAACACUGAACUUUGGUUUGGUGUAUACUCAAGAGAAGAAGCCAGAAGAGUUAGUGGGGUACACUUACAGUGACAGUGGAGGAGAUAUUGUGGGAAGGAGGAGCACUAGUGGCAUGGCCUUUUAUCUGAAUGAGGGACUGAUCACCUGGAAUUCUCACAAGGAGAAAACAGUGGCAUUGUCAUCUUGUGAGGCUGAGUUUAUGGCAGCUACAGCUGCAGCCAAGCAAGCUUUUUGGCUUAGAAAUCUGUUGGGACAGAUUGCAGCUACUGAACCAAGAGCAGUAAUUUUGUAUGUUGAUAACAGUUCAGAUAUAGCACUGAUGAAAAACCCUGUAUUUCAUGGUCGAAGCAAGCAUAUAGAUGUGAAUUUUCAUUUCCUCACGGAGUGUGUAGAGCGUGGACAGAUUGUCGUCAAGAAAUAA